UGUUGUCGCCGCAUCAUUUUCGACUGCCGCCCAUCUCCUCCUCACAAUCAUGGGGAGAGAUCCCUUGAUUGCGCUCGUGGGGAAGCCCUCGUCCGGCAAAUCCACCACCCUCAACUCGCUGACCGACACCACUGCGAAAGUAGGCAACUUUCCCUUCACCACCAUAGACCCGAAUCAUGCGACAGGGUACUUGCAAAUACCAUGCGCGUGCUCGCGAACAUCAUUACCGGGAAAUACACCUUCUUCGGCUGACCAACCGACACCGCUUUCUGCACGCUGCAAACCGAACUAUGGAGUCUGUCAACAAGGUGUCCGCAGUGUUCCGAUCGAGUUGCUAGACGUCGCUGGAUUGGUACCUGGAGCACAUCAAGGGAAAGGCCUGGGGAACAAAUUCUUGGACGACCUUCGACAUGCGGAUGCUCUUAUUCACGUAGUCGAUGCCAGUGGCACGACGGACGCGGAGGGAAAGGCUACUCGCGGUUACGAUCCAUCGCAGGAUAUCGUCUGGUUGAGGUCAGAGAUUGUGAGCUGGGUGCUGGGCAAUCUGAUGCAGAAAUGGGGAGGCAUCAAGAGACGGCACAUCGCAGUAAAGGCAACGGCGGUCGAAACACUUCAGAAUCAGUUCUCCGGAUACGGAUCAAAUUCUGCCGUCGUCGCGCGGACACUGGACAAAUUGCACCUGAAGAUACCACUUCCGGAGUGGGACGAUGCCACCGUUGAGAGUGUGGUCAACGCGUUCGUGGACGAGAAGUUUCCCACAGUACUGGCCUUGAAUAAAGUCGACCAUGCCGAUGCCGACAAGAAUGUUUCCAAGAUCGCCAAGCAAGAAAAGCCAGAGCGAAUAGUGCUCUGUAGCGCCAUUUCCGAAGUCUUUCUCCGCCGUCUGGUCAAGCAAGGUUUCAUCCGAUAUAUUCCGGGAUCCGAAUUUGUCGACACGAGAGAAGAUCUCAUCGAACAAGGCGAAGAAGACGGUGGCGGGUUGAAGGAAAUGGACGAGAAGCUCAAGACGCGGAUCGAAAAUCUGAAAGACAUGGUCCUCUAUCGUUUUGGAAGCACAGGCGUGAAUCAAGUUCUCACUCGGGCGACGGAGGUGUUAGGACUUGUGCCUGUCUAUCCUGUGCGGAACAUCGGCACCUUUGGGAGUGGUGAUCCGGGUGUCGCAGGUGGUGAACGAGCUCCUGUAUUUCGCGACUGUGUCUUGGUGAAGAAAGGAAGCACAGUAGGGGAUGUCUAUCGCAAGGUGAUGGGAGAUGCUCCCUUGGCGUAUGUUGAUACGGUGGGUGGUGUGAGAGUGAGCGAGGACGAUGAAGUCGCACCAGGAAAAAACGAUAUCCUGUCGUUCAAAGUGGGUCGUGCGUAG